GGAGGAGCCAGAGGAGGUGUCUGCUGCAAGUUCCUGGCUGCUUCUGAGCUCACCCCAUCCUCCGAGAGGGAGGAGGCAGGUGGUGAUGCCGCUGCUCCGCCGCCUCGACUGCUGAUGCUCUAGUGAGGCUGGAAGGGUGGUUCCUGUUCGCACCAUCGCCAACCAGAGAGCGAGGGAACAAAUUCCCAGCAGCAGCUGCCGAUGUUGGGUUCGGAGGCUGCAUCCGACUCGGUCACAAGGAAAAUGGAUUCAGUUUGCAUCUUUCCCUCCUUUCAGCAGCUUCUCCGGGUCUCAGCAUGGGCUUCCAGGGCAGCGGCUGAGGAGACCUUACCAAGGAGCACCACGCAGUAGAUACUGAGACAUUGCACCCACGAUAAGAAGCAGUAACAUGGCAGCACCUGUUUGAAAGGCAUUCGAAGACUCCCUUCAGAAAGGAACAAUGUCCAAGAAAGGGCGAAAUAAGGGCGAGAAGCCCGAAGCGCUCAUCGUCGCCCUUCAAGCUGCCAAUGAAGACCUCAGGACCAAGCUCACAGACAUCCAGAUAGAGCUGCAUCAAGAGAAGUCCAAGGUGUCUAAGCUUGAAAGAGAGAAGACUCAAGAAGCAAAGAGGAUUCGUGAGCUGGAGCAGCGCAAGCACACGGUCCUGGUGACAGAACUCAAAGCCAAGCUCCAUGAGGAGAAGAUGAAGGAGCUGCAGGCCGUGAGGGAGAAUCUCAUCAAACAGCACGAGCAAGAAAUGUCAAGGACGGUGAAGCUGCGGGAUGGCGAGAUCCAGAGGCUCAAGUCGGCUCUGUGUGCUCUCCGGGACGGCAGCAGUGACAAAGUAAGGACAGCGCUCACCAUUGAGGCCCGGGAGGAGGCCCGGAAACUGUUUGAUGCAGAGCGCCUUAAGCUCUUACAGGAAAUUGCGGACCUGAAAACUGCCAAGAAGCAGGUGGACGAGGCUCUCAGCAAUAUGAUCCAAGCGGAUAAAAUCAAGGCUGGGGACCUUAGGAGUGAGCAUCAGUCCCACCAGGAAGCCAUCUCGAAGAUCAAGUGGGAGUCAGAACGGGAUAUUCGGAGGCUGAUGGAUGAGAUUAAAGCCAAGGACAGGAUCAUCUUCUCCCUGGAAAAGGAACUGGAGACCCAAACUGGCUACGUCCAGAAACUGCAGCUGCAGAAAGAGGCGUUGGAUGAACAGCUCUUUCUGGUCAAGGAGGCCGAGUGUAACAUGAGCAGUCCGAAACGAGAGAUUCCGGGAAGAGCGGGAGACGGCUCCGAGCACUGCGGCAGUCCUGAUUUGAGAAGAAAUCAGAAGAGAAUAGCGGAAUUGAAUGCCACUAUAAGAAAAUUAGAAGACAGGAACACCCUGCUUGGAGAUGAACGAAACGAACUGUUAAAACGGGUGCGGGAAACUGAGAAACAAUGUAAACCUCUUCUGGAAAGGAACAAGUGCCUCACCAAGAGGAACGAUGAGCUGAUGGUGUCUUUGCAGCGCAUGGAAGAGAAGCUAAAAGCUGUUACCAAGGAAAAUUCGGAAAUGAGAGAAAAAAUAACAUCCCACCCACCCUUAAAGAAAUUAAAAUCUCUGAAUGACCUCGAUCAAGCUAAUGAAGAACAAGAGACAGAGUUUUUAAAACUUCAAGUCAUUGAGCAGCAGAACAUUAUUGAUGAGCUCACAAGGGACCGAGAAAAGCUCAUCCGUAGGAGAAAACACAGAAGAAGUUCCAAGCCAAUUAAGAGGCCUGUUUUGGACCCAUUCAUUGGUUAUGAUGAGGACUCCAUGGAUUCAGAGACAUCAUCCAUGGCCUCAUUUAGAACAGACCGAACACCAGCUACUCCUGAUGAUGACUUGGACGAAAGUUUAGCAGCUGAAGAAUCUGAGCUACGAUUUCGACAAUUAACAAAAGAAUAUCAGGCCCUCCAAAGAGCAUAUGCCCUCCUGCAGGAGCAGACUGGAGGUAUCAUCGAUGCUGAAAGGGAAGCCAAGGCUCAAGAACAGCUCCAAGCAGAGGUGCUAAGGUAUAAAGCCAAAAUUGAAGAUCUGGAAGCGACUCUGGCUCAGAAAGGGCAGGACUCACACUGGGUAGAAGAUAAACAACUUUUCAUUAAGAGAAACCAGGAGCUUUUAGAAAAGAUAGAAAAACAGGAGGCAGAAAAUCACCGGUUACAACAGGAACUACAGGAUGCCCGAGACCAGAAUGAGCUGCUGGAGUUUCGAAACCUAGAGCUAGAAGAAAGAGAGAGACGAUCCCCUCCAUUUAAUCUACAAAUUCACCCAUUCUCUGAUGGUGUGAGUGCUCUACAGAUCUACUGUAUGAAAGAAGGUGUCAAGGAUGUGAACAUCCCUGAUCUCAUAAAGCAGCUUGAUAUCCUGGGUGAUAAUGGGAACUUAAGAAAUGAAGAACAAGUGGCCAUAAUUCAGGCCAGCACUGUGCUGUCCCUGGCAGAAAAGUGGAUCCAGCAAAUUGAAGGAGCUGAGGCUGCCCUACACCAGAAAAUGAUGGAAUUGGAAAGUGACAUGGAACAAUUCUGCAAAAUAAAAGGCUAUCUAGAGGAAGAACUAGACUACAGAAAACAAGCUCUCGACCAAGCAUAUAUGAGGAUCCAGGAACUAGAAGCUACUUUGUACAAUGCUCUGCAGCAAGAAACUGUUAUCAAGUUUGGUGAACUGUUAAGUGAAAAACAGCAAGAGGAGCUGAGGACAGCAGUAGAAAAGUUACGGCGGCAGAUGCUGAGGAAGAGCAGAGAGUAUGACUGUCAGAUUCUUCAGGAGAGAAUGGAGCUCUUACAGCAAGCCCAUCAGAGAAUUCGUGACUUAGAAGAUAAAACAGACAUCCAGAAACGACAGAUAAAGGAUUUAGAAGAAAAGUUUCUGUUUCUAUUCUUGUUCUUCUCUCUUGCCUUUAUUCUAUGGCCUUGAUGUCAAGGUGCCUCUUAAAGAGUAACCGAAAACACGGAUAAGACCCCAGAAAGGCAAAUGCUUCUAGACCUUCAAAGAUGGCAGAAAUGUUUACAACAGUGAGAGGGAGAUCAAAACUAAGAACUACCCUGUAGCCAGGACUACAGCUGUGUAUUUUAAAGCCAUUAUUCAAGGUUUCUUACUUGACAGUUCCCACAUGACCCUGUUGAAAAUCUACAAUAUAUGCUGCAUUUAAUGAAACAUGUAUAUGUCAAACCAGAAGAAAAGAACUAUAGACGUAUAUUGUGUAAAGAAAAAGUUCAGCAAUGGAAACAGUUUCAGCAGAUCAAGGAAAGAUGUGUCUUGGGCAUGGAACCAAAGUUACAAAGAAACAUUCUCCCCCUGCUGUGCAGGGGGAUCAUUUUAACGUAACACCACACCCCAUGGAAACAGGAGUCCUUGAAAUAAACAUUUUCAAAAAUCAAAACAAACGAAAAAACAAGGGUGGGUGGGGAAUGAAGCACGAGGAAUACCCAUGAGGAGCUAUUUACAAUAAAAUGUUUCAUUUGAAAAGUCUGGUUUCUUACUACAGGGAUUUGCUUUUUGUCUUUAUUGUUGUUUAAAACUCAGGAACAGAGAUGUCUGCGAUGUGAAUGGGAAGGAAAGCAGCCUCCCGUUUGUUUUCCUGCAAGAGGUGGGGUUUGUGGGAUGCAUUCCACGGAUGACAGAGGAGAAGCAGAUCACAGUGACCCCUGAGGAAACCGGCAACAAGGCGGAGGACCUAGGCGAAUGUAACAUAAGAAAUAAAAGCAGAUGUGAUGCUGCCUUGGCCUUCUGUCACGUCUGUCUUCCUCCAUGAACAGACUGAUCUCGGUCCUACUGAAAAUUAAGAAGAUGAUGCUCUAAAUCACAAGCUCCCUGACUUGGUUCUGUUUAGAAUGCUAACAUCUCUAGGGAACGUGGGCCCGAGAGCAUCUCUGAAUCCGUUUCCAAAAUACUGGUUUUCAAAUGGCUGCUUAAAAUUGCCUGCAAAUAAAUAUGUUAUAUGAUUUGAAUAAAAACACAAUAGAGGUGAAAAGUAAACUUCUACCAACAGUUGAGUUUGCCACAGAGAUGUGAAUAUUCAACACAAUUAUGAUUUUUUAAAGUAUCCUGAUAGGCCCAGAGCAUUCUGACCUCUUGUCGUUUAGACUGAUAACAUUUUUUCCCCCAGAAGAAAAUGUGACAUUUUGACAGCAAAAAAAUAGCUCUACUUUUUUUAUAUAGAAGUAACAUACAUUACCAAUAAGGUCGUUUUCUACCAGAGACGAGUAGAAGACUGGUACUUUUCCUAAGUUAUGUAAUACUGAGUCUUGGAUUCAGCUCUGAGGGCCAAUAAAUGUUCCUGAAAAGCAAAUUUUACACCUCAUUUACUGUAGAUAACAAAACAGCCUCAAUUUUUCAAAUUGUCAAGGUUUUAUUUACAGGGCUAGAUUUCCCAUGCAUAAAGAAUGUGUGUAGGGAGCCAGAAACUCCUACAAAAUGCUACGCAAAUCCUUCCAUACGUGAGUUCCGUAUCUUAUGGUUUGGUUUUUAGCCCUGGCAUUUUCCAAGCCAGAGCAGGAACUGAAGAACAGGCAAGGAAACCUAGAAUGCUGGGGUCUCACGUUUUGUCCUUCUCUUUACUGCUGACCCUUGUGUCUUUGGCCCAGUCACUUAACCUCUCUGUGCCUCAGUCUCCUCAUCUGCAAAAUGAGGUUAAAUGCUUUUUCAUAAAGGUUUUUUGUUUGUUUGCUUUUGCAACUCUGGAACAAGAGGUGCUUAAAGUAGCACAAAGUGCUUUGUAAAAUGAUGACUGCUAUAUUAUUCAACUUUCUUGUAUUGUCGAGAAAGAGUCCCCCAUGUGAUAAAAUAGUGCUUCAGUUUGGUUAAAUCUCAGCCCCGCAGCACUGAAGCUUUACCAUCGAACUACCUGGGAUAUUGCUAGCAAUAAGGGUUGGGAGAUCCAGAGCCAGGAUCUCUAAUAACCUAUAGUAAAUAUAUCAUCUCAUGCUUUUGAACAAGACAGAAGAACGUCACUUCACUGAUAAGCAUCUCCUAGCUCUCCUUACUGCACAUGCAUGCCAUGAUAUGAAACAACACUUAUAUUGUAGGAGAGCCAACUCUGAAAUUAAGGUGUGGAGUCUAUGCAUAGUAUCACAUGAUUAGUCUCAUCACCCCUUUCAUUUCGGGGAGAUGGACAGUAAUGGGUCCUACUGGAAAUAUACAAAAUAAUUAUCCCACUGGAUUCUUUAUUCAACUGGGUCAUUUCUUUACUCAGUAUGAGGAACACAUUCAUUGUGCAGGCAAUGUCAAAGAAGGCGCCACUGCAGUCUGUGACCCAACCCUUUCCAAUCUCAAGAGUACAGGGAAGAGGACCAAUUAUUCUUCCCUCUUUGACUUUUCUCUUCUGCUCUUUAUUGGUCAUUCCAGAGUCCAUCUGAGCAAAUUCAUACUCCAUCUGCUAUAGCAAACCUGCUUUCCUUCUCUUCAUCUUGCUUUUUCCACCAAGAAACUUGUAUGCUAAAUUUUAUACCCAAACACUGACUUUGAUUUAAAUGACUAGAAACAUUUGUAAAAACAGUGUGGUUUGAUCAUGUACCUUAUCUGCUAUAGAUCUGAUUGUAUCACACACAUACAAAAUCACACAAGAGCAAUACAGAUAGGAUGACCAUCUAAGCCGCUUUAGAUGUGUUUAGGGCGAAUGCAAAAAGGAGGGAUUCGUACUUUUUGUUCAACCUUCAGAACAUGAGCAAAGUUCUCUAGAUUUUAGGCUAAAAGGGUAUAUUUUUACCAAGUCUUACCCUGAUCCUCAAAAUUAACAUACCAUUGGAUGAGGCUAAAUAUUUUUUGAUAAGUACAUCUCUAUUAUUCAUUUCAACAAUUAUAAAAACAUCAACAAAAUUGUAAAGAUAUGUUUCACUCAUGGAUCCACAGAAAUGAAUCAUUUUUAAAUGAAUUCUUCCCUUGCAUAUGAUGUUCAGCAAGAGCAAAAUGUGUCUCAUGAGUAAUGUAGAGGUUGAAUGUGGCCCCACUUCUUACAGAGAGUACUGUGAUCUUUAAUUUGGUAAAAAGUUUUUACCAUUCUGAUCUUUAAUUUCUGCAUCUGAACUAUCCGGACACAUUUGGCCAAUGAGUUAGUAGUGGUCAGAACAACAUUCUUCAGGGUUCCUUUACUUAAUUUUUUCUUAUUGAAGUAUUCACCUCUUGGAAAAUAAAUAUAACUGAUGAUAUUAAAGAACAGUUUGACAUAAAAAUGAAAGCCCCAAUUUGGAUAGUUAUUCAGGACAGGAAAAUUUUCAUGAGGAAGGAAGAACAAAAUCAAAAACUAUACUUGGCUAUCAUACUAGAAAGCCUCUGUUACUAAAUUGACUGUCAAACCCUUUUUCUUUAAUGCCACCUAAAUUUUAUUUUAGGAAACACUAGAAUGUGCUGAAAAUAAGCACAUUUUGAUGUGCUUUUUUUUUUUUUGAUGUGCUUUUAACCCAUGUCAUAUAAAUGAAAUUAUUGCCAAUAGUAAGGUUUUAGGGGUGGAAGAAUAAAUUUUGCUUUGAUUUUUCUUCCACUCACAAGUAACUGUUCACAUAGGUGGCCUGGCUCUUCAGUAGGAUAGACAUGAUAUAGAGGGCUCAUGGGUUAUCACUGAAGUAGAAAGGGGACAUUUGUUCUCUACUCUAAUGGAAGAAAUAAAGUUUUGCCAAAUAAUUUUUGCUACAGUAUUUUAUUUCAACUAAAUUUUUGUUUAUAAUAAAUCUUUGGUAAACAUUCCUUUUGCCUAUUUAUUGUCAACUUUUUCUGUAAACCCAUUGCAUAAUUCACAUGUUUAAUGUCUUCAAUGUAAUUCAUAAAUUCAAUGUUUCAAAAUGAAAUGUUUGAAAAACUGCCUAGGUUUUCAUGGGAACUGUAAAAAUGAUAUUUAUCAGUUUUGUGUUGAUGUUUAAAUAAUUGGAUCAUGUGUGUUAUGUUACAUCAAAGUAGAUGGACAGCAUAGACAUUUUCUAAAUACUUAAUUACAUUUUUUGAUCUGUCAGAGUGACACUAUAUAUUAUGUAUGUGUGUAUAUAUAUACACAUAUACAUUUAUCUACUAUAUUGAAAAAGUUCAAUAUAACUUCUGAGAGAUCAGUAAUCAAAGCAAAUCUUAGAUGACUUUAUGUCAUGAGCUAAUACUUCCAGGAUGGGCUCAAGCCCCUCCUUAUGACUUCUUUCUAAAGGGAAAAAAGUACGUCACAAUGUCUUAAAGGACAAAAGCUUCCAUUCCGUUCAACUGCCUUGUCACCUCUAUAUAUUACCUUGAGACUGAAUUUCAGGUGUAUUGGUGAGAGGAUUCAUAAAUAAUAGAAGCUGGAGUUGAUCCUCUAAUUCCAUUUCAGUACUGGGUAAAGAAGAUUCACAUUCCUUUGCUGCCUUUAAUUUGGUUCUUCCUAAAUAAACCUUCUCUUUUUGAAAGUCCAAGUCCAGUGUUUAAUCAAGUUACUAAAGAUAUACUCCAAGGAGUAAUGUGGCAAAAAUAGAUUAUAAUUUGCUAUAUUCAACCUAGUGUAUCGUGCUCAGAGGCGGCAGUGACUGAUUGGGUAAAGGUCCCUGUUUUUGCAUUGAGGUCUUUGCACCCAUGCUUUUAUUUCCAUCCUUGUUAUAUAUCAAAGUUCUAUAGGAUGGAAGUGGUGUAGAUAAACAACUUUGAGUCCAAUUUUGCCUACAAUCAAGACUCUACAAACUUGCUCGAGUGUGGGUAAUGCAAUUUCCCAAAAGCACAUCCCCAGCAUCCAUCAAUAACAGCAAUCACUUAGAUUUGAUUGACAUCUCACAAAAUGUGCCUAUUUUCCCCCAUUCACUACAGUAACGUCCUACAACAAGACAGAUCAAAAUCCAAACACUUUUAUAAAUAUGUAAUGUACAUAUAGAAACAUAUAUAUUCUGUACAUAGGUGAUGGUGUGAGCGCUUACUUAACGUGUACUUCUGUCCUAGUAUUGAGGACUUAAGGAAGGGGGUUUUUCUAUGCUGCUAGGUAACUCAUAUUUUUGGUUAGCAUCUGGUGUCUGUGCUCUUCUCCUCCUUCCCUGCCUCUUCUCCCUCCUCCCCUACCUUCUGUUCACUACCACAAUUCCCUGUUGUUGACUGAGGCAAAGAACUGCUCAUUGGUUUCCAAUUACCCAGCCCAAUAAACCAGCCUGGUAGUGUUGCCAGUGGUUUUCUAGGAAGAGCAACAGAAAGUCCAGUACAAUCUACAGUAUUAAUAUGACCCAAAAGUACCAUAAUUUUAUCAGCUAGAAAUUUCAUUCCAAUAAGGGUUCAUGCAUGUUUUAACCAUCGAGAUCCAACUCUAUGGGGACUCAAGAAGAGAGCUUAUGUAUUUGAAUACAUAGUUCCCCGAACCCUACUGUGCUCAUGUAGCCAGGGGACCAAUUUCUCAGAGCUUUCACAAAUCAACUGCCUCAUUUGGGGUUCUUUAUCUCCAUCUCAUUAGUAUGACUCGAUCUAUUGGUUCAGUGCUUGUUUAUUAAUGGAAGAAAAAUAUAGAUUGACUGAGUUUCACCAGGAUGAUCCCCUGAAGUACACUGAACAUGUACAUGCACUGUAUGUAUUACCGUAGAGAUUGGAAUCAAUUUAUUGUAUGUAAAGUUUUAUGAAUGGUUAUUUUAUAAUUUAUGUAUUUAAUAUAGGAAUC